AUGUCUGAUGCAGAUUCAAAGAGGGCCUCAGGCAUCACUGUCAACACAUCAAAUAACCCAAUAGCUCCAAACAAUGAUGUAUUUACUGACUCCAAUGAAGUCCCAGGCUCAAGUCGCUGGCAAAAUUUUAAAAAUUCAUUCAAAGAAGCAUUACCAGAAACAUCAGAUUCAUACAUAGAUAAAACCGAACUAAAAGAUUAUAAUGAAUUAACAGAUGUUGAAAAAGCUGCUUUUAAUUCAUCCAAAACACAAAUGAAGAAAGAUCUAACGUUCCGUCAUUUGAUGAUGAUUGUUAUUGGGGGUGCCUUGGGUACUGGUCUUUUUGUGAAUUCUGGGGGUUCUUUAAACAAAGGUGGUCCAGCAAGUUUGGUUAUUGGCUGGGUUAUCAUUGCCACUAUGAUGUUUAGUACUAUGGUUGCAUUGGGUGAAUUAUGUGUCACAUUCCCUGUUACUGGUGGGUUCACAACUUAUGCUACAAGAUUUGUUGACCCUUCAUUUGGUUUCGCAAUGGGUUGGAAUUAUGCAUUACAAUGGUUGAUUUUACUACCUUUGGAAUUGGUCGCUGCUGCCAUUACGAUCAAGUAUUGGAAUCAUACAAUCGAUUCAGAUGCUUGGGUGGCCAUUUUUUAUGUCUUUAUUUUUGUUCUGAACAUGUUGGACGUCAAAUAUUAUGCUGAAUCCGAAGUUGUUCUUUCAUUAAUCAAAAUCAUUGCUGCUGUUGGUUUCUUCAUCUUGGGUAUCGUUUUAAUUUGUGGUGGUGCUCCAGAAGGUGGUUACAUUGGCGGUAAAUACUGGCACGAUCCUGGUGCGUUUUCACAUGGAUUCAAAGGUGUCUGUAGUGUUUUCGUCACAGCUGCUUUCUCAUUUGCUGGUACAGAAUUGAUUGCUGUUAUGGGAUCCGAAUGUUCAAACCCAAGAGAAACUAUCCCAAAGGCUGCUAAGCAAACCUUUUGGUUAAUCACCAUCAUCUAUGUCACCAUGUUGACUUUGAUUGGUUGUUUAGUUCCAUACAAUGACCCAAGAUUGUUGAACAGUGAUAAUGGUGAUUAUGCCUCAAUUUCUCCAUUUGUUAUUGCCAUUCAAAAUGGUGGUAUCAAAGGUCUUCCAUCUUUGAUGAAUGUUAUCAUUUUGUUAGCUGUUUUGUCAGUUGCAAACUCAUCAGUCUAUGCAUCUUCAAGAGUGUUUGCUUCAUUAGCUGAUAUUGGCCAUGCACCAAAGUUUUUCUCUUAUAUUGAUAGAAAAGGGAGACCAUUGGUAGCAACUUUAUUCACUCUAAUUUUUGGUUUGUUAUCAUUCAUUGCCUCUUCUGAUAAACAAGAUGAAGUUUUUACUUGGUUAUCUGCUCUUUCAGGUUUGUCCACUAUUUUUGCUUGGUUAUCCAUCUGUAUCAGUCAUCUUAGAUUUAGAAGAGCAUUGUAUGUUCAAGGUAGAUCUACCGAUGAAUUGACUUAUGUUUCACAAACAGGUGCUUGGGGAUCCGUUUAUGGUAUUGUUUUGAAUGUCUUGGUUUUAAUGGGUCAAUUUUGGGUUGCCCUCUUCCCAACUAAUAAAGCUGAUGCUAAAUCAUUCUUUGAAGUGUUUUUAAGUUUGGCAAUCUUUAUUGUGUUUUACUUUGGUCAUAAACUUUGGAAAAGAAAUUGGAUUUUGUUCAUCAGAGCUAAAGAUAUGGAUAUUGAUACUGGUAGAAAACAUAUUGAUAUGGAAUUAUUGAAACAAGAAAUCAUUUUUGAAAAACAAAGAUUGGCAAACAGUCCAGUUUACUAUAGACUAUACAAGUACUGGUGUUAG